AUGGCUCCUCGAGCUGGCUUCAAUACGGACCAGAUAAAGGAUAAAGCGCGCAAGGACCUCCUUUACCUGCUCGAGGCUGUUCGCGGAAAGAAGAACCUCAUUCUUGAGCGCAGCUUAGCAGGCCCAAUCAGCACAAUCGUCAAGGUCGCAACUCUCCAGGAAUACGGCGUAGAUAAGUUCUUCUUCCUCGAGAACAAGAACGCCGACACUAGCCAGCGAAAUGUCAUCUUCAUAGCUCGCGGGGAGUGCGCUCGUCAUGCACAAGCCAUAGCAGAACAGAUUCGGCGUUUACAGCGAGAGAGCCAAACCGGUCACGAGUUCCACAUCUUCUGGGUGCCUCGACGGACACUCGUCUCCGACAAGCUGCUCGAGGAAGCCGGCGUCUUAGGCGACGUGAACAUCUCUGAACUGCCUUUAUACUUCUUUCCACUAGAGAAGGACCUUCUUUCCCUCGAGUUGGAUGAAUCUUUCCGCGACCUCUAUCUCUCAAAAGACGUUACACCAUCCUUCCUGCUCGCCAAGGCCUUGAUGGAGAUCCAACAGAACCAUGGUUUGUUUCCCCGAAUCAUCGGCAAAGGCGACAACGCCAAACGGGUUGCCGAGCUCCUGGCAAGAAUGCGACAAGAGAUACUUGCGGGCGAGGAUGCGAACGAAACAAAUCGAGGCGGCUUGACGCCAAGCACGCUUACAGAAAGUGUCAUAAUAAUCGACCGCGAAGUGGACUUCGUCACUCCUUUGCUAACUCAGUUGACCUACGAGGGACUCAUCGACGAGGUAUUCGGCAUUCAGAACAAUCAAGCCGAGGUUGAUACCACUGUUGUCGGGGCACCUUCUCAAUCCUCAGCUACCAGCGCACAAGCUAGGAAACGAAAAAUCCAACUCGAUUCCUCCGACAAGUUGUACGAGCAACUUCGCGAUACGAAUUUUGCUAUUGUCGGUAGCUUACUUAACAAAGUUGCCCGCCGGCUUCAGAAUCUACAAAAGGACUACGAAGGACGGAAUAGUCACAAAUCCAUCGCCGAGCUCAAGGAUUUUGUCAGCAAGCUGCCCGGAUACCAAGCGGAGCAGCAAAGUCUGCGUAUACAUACAGGCUUGGCGGAGGAGGUCAUGAAGUACACACGGACAGACCAGUUUAAAGGUCUCUUGGAGGCCCAGCAAAACCUAGCUGCAGGCGCGGACCCUUCUUCACAGUUCGAAGCCAUCGAAGAACUGAUUGCUCGAGAUACCCCGCUUCCAGAAGUGCUGAGACUGCUCUGUAUUUACUCAUGCAUAUCGGGCGGCAUCAAACCGAAGGAAUUCGACCAGUUCCGACGGCUUAUCCUCGAGGGCUACGGCUAUCAGCACAUACUCACUCUGAAUAACCUCGAAAAGCUUCAACUGUUCUUGUCACGCUCUUCCCCACUGGCAGAAAUGAUCCCGAUGACUGGCUCUGGUGGCAACAACACAGGGACAAAGACCAACUACACAUAUCUCCGCAAGCUCCUGCGGCUCAUCGUCGACGAAGUUCAGGAAGACGAUCCAAACGACAUCGCGUACGUAUAUAGUGGUUAUGCGCCACUGUCGAUUCGCCUUAUCCAGUGUGUGCUUCAAAAGCAGUACCUGCUCCAGGUCACGAGAGGCAAUGGCGUUAGUGGCGCGACCGGAGCGUCCGCAGCGCAAGGUUGGCAUGGGUUCGACGAAGCUGUAAAGCACGUCCGUGGGCAGACAUUUUACGAGUUACAAAAGGGCGAGGAGAAGGCCGUCAAAGCUCGAGCGUUGCUGUCGGGAGGCACGGAGAAGCAGACUGUGUUUGUGGUCUUCGUCGGAGGCAUAACGUUCACCGAGAUCGCUGCUCUACGGUUCAUUGCAAAGCAGGAAGAAGCACGGAGAAACAUCGUCAUAUGCACGACGUCAAUCAUUAGCGGAGACCGAAUGAUGGAUGCGGCAAUCGAGAAGGAUUCGUUUGCAAGAGAUAACAUUAAACCUGCGAGCCCGACUCCAUGA